AUGGGAUCUUCGGUGUCUUGCACUGGAAAUACAAACUUUAUCAAAACAGAAUUAGAAAAGAAAGAAAGGUCUGAAAGAAAAACUGAAGAAUGUACAGAAAAAGAUGAAUCCUCUUCUCACUGUCUAAAGAUUGAUCCUAUUGAAGCUCCUCCUUCCAAAGGUAUUGUAUCCACUCUUCCUGGUGACCAUUUUGAAGCUCCGCCUACAAAUGAUAUUCUAACUCCUCCUCCUGCACCUUUUAUUACAAAGUUAACAUUGAAUAAACAGAAAGAUAUUGUUGGUGACAAAGAUAAUGGAACCGACAAAAGUACAGACAUUGAAGAGGCUGGAAUUAGAGAGCAGAAAAUUGACAAUGAAUCGAUGACAAACGAAGUGACAAACGAAGAACAAGAAUGGAUGACAGACGAAGAACUAAAAGAAUUAGAUAACCUCAGAAAUACCGCAGAAAAAGUACUGGCACUUCAGAUUCAACAACAAAGAGCAUUUGUUACAGAGAUCUAUAAUGCUCCUAAUAUAUUUUUCAAUAGUUACUAUGCUUUGAAAAAAGCAGAUCGAAUAACUUUACACAAAUUUAGGAAAGAAAUAGCAAAAUUAAUGAUGGAAACUAAAUAUAUCAAUUUGAGCUGUGAAAUUGUAAUGAAUACAUAUAGGAACGGGUGGCGUAAUGAAGACGGAAAUGAAGAUGAAAGUAUGACUGUGCCUUUAACAGUUAGCCUCCUGACGUUGCACAACUUCAGUGAUUGUAGUGAUGAAUAUGCAAUUGGCCUUGCAAAAGCGCCUGGACUUCUUGAUACACUCAAACGAAUAUUAGGAGAUUCACUGCCAAAAUAUCUUGUAAAGGAAGGAGAAGGACCAAAACUGACUGAAAGCGAGGAACGUUUGAUGUCAGGUUCUCUAGGAGUAAUUUGGAAUAUGUCAAGGAGAGAAUCCAACAUGUCCUCGCUGCGUGCUGCUGACAUGAUCUCGUGUAUGAUACCUUAUCUCAAGUCACCAAACAAACAGUAUGCAUUAACUGCAUUGGCCAGUUUGGCAGCUAUAAUCAAAGAAGAAGAAUGUGAUAUCAUCAAAAGUAACAAGGAGAUUGUAAUGCAUUUGUUGGACUGUAUCAGGAAGGGGAUGAAAGAUAAGAUGCGAAUAUGUGAAGGAUGGUCCUGUCAAGAAUGUGUUUUCAUUGUCAAGUUACUGGCAAGAAAUGAUACUAAUAUAAAGACCUUGGUAGAACUUGGAGCCCUGGAAUUACUUGUUGAGAUGGCAAGAAUUGGCGAUGAAGAUGAACAGUAUGAGAGUGUUUCUGCGCUAUGGGCGCUGUGUUUUGACGAAGAUAACCAGUCACUCAUUACCGGAAAACCGGAACUUGAGGUCGUUGAUUUACUCGUAGAUUUGAAAUCAUCGAAAAAUAAGAAAAUUAAGAACGUAUGCAAUGGUGCACUGUGGACACUUAGAGAUGUAUUGAAGAAAACAGUUGUUGAAAAAUACAAAAAAAUAGCCUACCUAGCGGUUGAGGCGUUAAAUUUGUUCCCGUUCUCAUUCAUUAAUAUGACAUGCUGGGAACAGUUAGAUAACAAAGAUAAAACAGAUAGAUUAGAGAAGACAUUAUCUAGGGGUCAUGUGAUGAUUUCUUACCAAUGGGCAGAUCAGAAGAUACUUAGAAUUGUAAGAGACAAAAUCAAGGCAAGGGGAUAUAAGGUUUGGAUGGAUAUUGACGAGAUGGGAGGAUCCACUCUCCAAGCUAUUUCAAAAGGUGUGGAAAAUGCUGCUGUGUUCCUCAUGUGUAUGUCUGACAAGUACAAACAUAGUCUUUUUUGCAGGUCAGAGGCAGAAUAUGCAUUUAAACUAGGCAAAACUGUUAUUCCAUUAAAGAUGGAGAGAGGGUACGACCCUGAUGGGUGGCUCGGCCUUAUAGCGGGCGCCAAGUUGUAUUUCGAGUUCAGUACAAAGUAUCCAUUUGAAGUCAAGAUGACGGCCUUGCUUAAGGAGAUAACUGUUGUACUAGAUGGAUCGGGCAAUGUUCCUGAUUCAGGGAUGAUUAUCAAACCUCAGGUUGCUUCUACAACCAUUGAUAAUGUAAGAAAGUGGACGGCAGACGAUGUUAAACAAUGGAUUGGCAAGAACGGGCUGGAGAAGUGCGGAAUCAGCAGUUUAACGGGUGGAGAUAUCGCACUCCUGGCUAGCAUGCAUGUAGAAUGUCCCGAUCUUUUAUACAAGUGCCUUCAAGAUAUGCUCAAG